AUGAGGGCCCUCGCCACCCUCACCACCCUUCUCGCCGCCGCCGCGACUGCCGUCAACGCCAUGCCCCAGUGGGAGGGCGGAGAAUCCUCCGAGGCCUCUGAGUGGAGCCAGGGCGAAGGAGGAGAAUCCGAGUGGCAUCAGGGAGGAGGCGGAGAGUCCGAGUGGAACGGUGGAGGCGGAGAAUCCGAGUGGAACGGCGGAGGCGGAGGCGGAGGAAUCCAGGAGGCCCAAGUCCCCAGCACCGUCACCGCUGCAGCAGCGGCCCAGCUAUGCGGCGCCACAUUGCGUCUCUCGUGCUGCAACAGGAUCAUCACCAACGGGGCCUUUACCACGGUCCCCGUGGGCCUCGUUGCCGGUCUGCUGAGCGAGCUCGCGCUCGUCACUGAGAUCGCGGCCUUCGAGGCGUGCGUGGCAAUCACCGCAGUGACGGGCGGGGCACUCAGCGCUCAGUGCUCGCGGACUCCUGCUUGUGUCGCGACGGCUGCCGUAGGACUAGCUGGCGGCCCUGCUUUCCCGGGCAUUGCUGUCGCCGAGUUCCUUCAAUUGAAUCUUGCUCCUCUGGGCCUACCUAUAUCACUUACGGAGGGCCUCGGGCUUAUUCUCUGA